AUGAAGGCGGCACAAGAUAGACAUAAUAGCUACGGUGAUAAGCAUCGUCACCAUGAGGAGUUUCAGGUGGGAGAGAAGGUGUUGCUUAGAGUUUCUCCUAUGAAAGGCGUGAUGAGAUUUGGGAAGAAGGGAAAGUUGAACCCUAAGUUCAUUGGCCCGUACGAGAUUCUGGAGAGAAUAGGAGAGGUGGCUUAUGUAUUGGCAUUGCCGUCAGACGUUGAUCGUGCGCAUAAUGUUUUCCAUGUUUCUCAGUUGCGGCGAUACAUUAGUGACCCUUCGCAUGUGCUACAGCCAGAGUCUCUCCAGUUAGAUGAUAACAUAACUUACGAGGAGUUUCCUCUCCAGAUUCUAGAUCAUAAAGUUCGAAAGACUCGCAAAGGUGAGACAAAGAUCGUGAAGGUGUUGUGGUCAAACCACAACUCGGAGGAGUCUACUUGGGAAGUUGAGGAUGUUAUGCGCCUUAAGUAUCAUCAUCUCUUCACCUAG